CUCUGAAUUAUGAAUGCCGGAUUAAUUUGCAGUUGGAAAUGAAGCUAGAACCGUCCCACCGCAUUGGAGUGUUACUGGAACUCAUCUCGCACAUGCUACAUAAGCAGCAAAUGCCAAACAUGACAGUCUCAGUGCCCCUGGCUCAGAUCCCAGCCGAUGAGCUACAAGCUUUGUUUUGCGCACACUACGUCUCUCGGAAGCUCAAGAGGGUGUCCCAGGAUCUGAAGCAACUUGGAAGCCAAGAAUUCCAAGACAAAAUGCAAUAUGACCAGUACCUAACACAGUUACAAAACGUCCUACACAUUCUGGACAAGUCAGUUCCUCCAUUGCCUAUUCAAAGGACAUCACAAAAGCAACAUACGCCAAAAAAGAGGCGACUGCCCUGGUGGUUCCUUUUCAUUGGCUGGGCCUUGCUACUGUCUAUCAGUGCUGUGUCUACCUACUUCACCAUGAUGUAUGGGUUCCAAUAUGGAAGGGAGAGCUCCAUCCGAUGGAUCAUCUCCAUGGCAUUGUCACUUUUCCAGAGUAUCUUCAUUUUGCAGCCUCUCAAGGUGAUUGGCUUUGCUGUAUUCUUUGCUUUGGUGUUGAAGAAGGUGGAUGAAGAGGAAGAAGAGGACUUGCUGGAUGGAGACCUGCUAGUAACUGAUGAGACGUGUGAUGAAACAACACUGUGAUUGGUUCCCUCAUUCUGAACACUAUCAUAAACUCCUCCAGCUGAUCAUAACACCCAGCCCUCGGUUCAACAUUAAUAAAGACCAGCUUCUUUUUGUGGGACGCAGGACAUGAAGUAUCAUUCUUCCUGUAGUAAAAAGUUUUAGAGAGUAUGUAUAUGAACACUACAUG